GGGGCGCGGCCGCUCCGGCCCGGGGCGCGGGGCCGCUCCACCGGGGCUGAGCACGGCAGAUGCACUGAGUCCAGCUGAAAACACCACAGGUGAGAGCCACUGGGCCAGUGGCCGCGUGACAAAGCCAGCACAGCACCAUGGCGGUGACGGAGCGGGUCCUGCUCCGCUCUGUGACCAUGUGGCUGCUCCUGCAGAGCCUCCUCCUGGCCUCCAGCCUCCGCUCAGCCACCGCCUUCCCCAAGGGCUGUUACCCCUCAGAAGAGGAGGGGCUGAAGACCUUCCGCUGCAGCAACGCUCAGCUGACCGAGGUCCCCAGGGACAUCCCCAACGACACCAACAAGCUCUACCUAGAUUCCAAUCGAAUCCCAUUUCUGCCCCGUGAUGCCUUCCGGGACCUACCCCUCCUGCUGGAGCUGGAUCUGUCCCACAACGCCAUCGCCAGCAUCGAGAGCGGGGCUUUCCAGGGCCUGGCAGAGCACCUCCUGUCUCUGGAUUUGUCUUCCAACAGACUGGUGUCAGUCAGCAAAGACACCUUUAGCAACCUGAAGGCCAAGGUCAACCUCUCCAACAACCCCUGGCAGUGUGACUGUCGGCUGCAGGAGCUGGUCCGCGCAGUGGACCUGGCAGCCGGCUCCUCGGGCGGCAUCAUCUGCCACUCCUCGGUGCAGGAGGAGCACGUGGGCAAAGCUUUCCUGCAGGUGAUGGCUGACACGGACUUCUGCAACCUGUACAAAAAGACCACGGACAUCGCCAUGCUGGUCACCAUGUUCGGCUGGUUCGCCAUGGUGAUCUCCUACCUGGUCUACUACGUGCGGCAGAACCAGGAGGAUGCCCGGAGGCACCUGGAGUAUCUCAAGUCCCUGCCCAGCAAGCAGCGGAGGUCGGAGGAGUCGUCCACCAUCAGCACCGUGGUGUGAGGCACCGGCUUCCCGCAGGACACGGGGACCCGCGGAGCUGGGGGAGGGCAGGAGCUGCCAGGAGCCACAGUCACUGCACAGGAACAGUCACAGAUCCGUUUUGUUCUCCUUGGGGAAGCGGCAUCUGGCAACGGGAGCCAUGGCCAGGGAGCACCGGGCCAGGGAGCGCCCGGCUCUGGCAAAGCAGCUGCGGGUGGGGGUGGUUACGGGUGGGCACGGAGCAGCUGCAGCACCUGCUGCUGCCUCUGCUCUCCAAAGAACCAGAGAGACCCCCGAGCACCCCCCGGGGUGCGGCUGCUGCUCCAGCCCACCUGGGCAUCCAGACUUCAUUUAACAUUUUUAUAUUUCCUUUGCAAUGAUCCCUUGGGGCAUUAACAAAAUGGGUGUUUUAAUCCCUCCCUGGCUUUCCCUCUGCUGCCCGAGGGAUGUUCCCUGUGCUCCCGUGGGAAGCACAGGCCUGGCUCCCUGCCUGGAUGGGUGGCAGGCAGGGCUGGCUGUGGGGAGGAGCGGUACAGCCACCAGGCCAGUGUCCUGGUGGGUCACCAGCCCUGGGAGAGUGACAGGUUGUGACCACAGCCCAGCAGGACCAAAGGGCAGGGUGGGAGGUGGGGACACAUGCAUUGGGAAAGGCAAGAGGCAGGUCUGGGGGUGUCCUGCUCCAGCAAUUGCACUGAGUGGUGCUGCCUCAUCUCCUGUCUCAGCCCCCACUGUUCCCCACUCCCUUCCUGGCACCCCUGGGCCAGGCAGAGUGAGGGGCCUGGGGGCCCUACUGGGAGAUGGGGUGUCUGGGGGCAGCCCCAGCCCCUUCCCCAUCAGAGCACACAUUCCUGUGAGAGGCAAAUGGGGAAUAAGAAGCAACUGGGAGCUGCUGAGGGAUGUGGGUGCUGCUGGAGGGGAACUGAGGGGUCCAGGCGGUGGGUCCAGCCCUGCUGGGAUGUUGGGGGGAGCAGGUUUCCCCUCAGUGCUCCCCGGGGACUGCGCAGGUGGGUGUUUGCAGCACCCCAGCCUGCUCUGACCUGGCACCCAGGAGAGCUCCCACCUCUCCUGCCGGGACUCACCAGGCUGUGACCGGUCACUGUGACGGGGAGUGGGGAUGGAAGGAGCUGUCGUGGCUCCUCCGCCCUCUCCCCACUCCCACGCCGCUGGCAGGAGCCUGAUUCUUCCCUAAAAUGCCCCAGAGUCCCUGACGUUGUUGGCAGAAGUGAGACCAGUGUGGGUGGGGGUCCGUGCCCACCUUUGGGCGUGCAAAGUCGAAGCGGCGACUCAGAGCAAAGCUAGAGCAGAUCCAGGCUCUUCCAACCGGGUGUCUGGUCCCCAGGAGAGCUGGUUUUGCUGGUUUUGCCCUUUUUUUUUUUUAAAUACCAACUGAAGCUAAGUUGCCUUAAUUCACCAAGAGCACCAACCAAAGCUGCCUGAACAUGCCCCAUGCCAGGCCAGAUCUGGCUCCAGCCAACCUGGCAUGAUGAGGUCUUAUUGCUGGGACCAACUUCAGCCCCUUGGUGCAGGCAGCGUUUGGGGGGGCAGGGCUCAGCCCCCCGUUGCUGCCUGUCCCCCCGGGGCCGUGUGCUGGGGCUGGCAGGGGCGGUGCCCAUCGCACCCCCCCACAAGUGCCUCCUUCCCCCUGCAGACCAGGGGCUCCCAUCACACAAGCGCCUCAGCCCCAGCUCCCAGCCAGACCCGCAGCCCCACGGCAGCUCCCCCCGACCCCCCCUACAACCAGCUGCGGAGAAAAGGGGCUGGGGGGGACUGGACCGAGGCACUGCUCUCAUGCCCGUGGCGCUCGGGGACGCCCGGGACCCUCUGCCCCCAUCUGUGUUUUGUUUAAGGGACCUUUUACGUUCUUACUUUAUACCACAAUAAAAUUGCUUUUACUUUG